AUGGGCAUUGAAGUAUGUUUCUCGAGCGGGCUAAGACAUAUUACACCUUACUAUGCCACUAGAUCGUCAUUUGCUAAGGGUAGAUGGUUCAACAAGUCACUUUUAGAAGUGCUGAGUGCUGAAUUCGGGACAUUCACAAGAGACCAAUAUUUGAAGGAAUUUGAUCUUGGUAACUACCAAUUGCUAAGAAAUUCGGAGAGAAUGGACCCAGUAAAUACAUUGAUAAGGAGUGGGGAUAUUAUUGUGGUUAGACAGCAUAAACAUGAGCCUCCUGUCAAACAAUGGUGUCUGAAUCGACAAAUUGAGAAUUUCGAUCUAUUAAAUCGAGUUGCUGGUAUGAAUAUAGUGUUUGAGGAUGACGAUUUGUUGGUCUUAGAUAAACCAAAUGGACUGCCAAUCCAUCCAACUGGGAAGUUCUAUCAUAAUACGUUGAUUGAGAUUUUGAAAUCACAUAAUAAAAAUGUCUUCCCUACAUACAGGUUAGAUAAAGUUACUUCUGGGUUGAUAAUCCUGGCAAAAUCAAGCGGAGUGGCUAAGAUGAUUCAGGAUAAGAUUAAGACUAGGAAUGUAACCAAGUUAUAUCUUGCACGAGUCAAAGGUAAGUUUCCUGGUACCGAGCCUGUUAAAAUGGACUCACCUAUCUAUACAAUAGAUCCCAAGAGGAGGUUCCCCGCUGGGCUCACCACGUCAAGAGAUGCUACCACCGAAUUUUCACUAUUUAAAUAUUUACCAGAUGUCAACGAAAGUGUGGUUCUUUGUAGACCGUUGACAGGUAGAACGCAUCAAAUUAGAAUCCAUCUAUUAAGACUCGGAUAUCCUAUUGUCAAUGAUCCACUUUAUUGUCCCGAAAAGUCUUCAUUCCCUUUGAGACUACGAUUUAUACGAAAUAUACUUAAAUGGGAGGAUUCUGUGGAACCUGUUCCUCAGAUAUUUGACGCUAUUAUAAAUGAAUAUGAAGAUGUAAGACUCAAGAAAAGUCAAAAUUUAGAAAAAUGCAGUGAAUGUGGUUCAUUUGAGAUCAAAGAUUCACCCAUUGAGGAAUUAGUUAUAUGGCUACAUGCAUGGAAGUAUUCUAUUGAUGAGGCAUCAACUUUUGAAACGGAUUUGCCAACAUGGGCGUGUUAA